CUGGGACGGCGAUUUUCGUACCGUAUGUGGGUUAAUUUCUGUGAGACACUGCUCUGUUAUUUUUACUUUUUGAUUCGGGGAAGAUUAUUACUUCCACCUUGAUAGCGUUUGUUUAGCAGGUGGCCGUUCGGCGCCUGCCCGCCUGAUCUGACCUGGCCUGGCCCGACCUGACCUGACCUGACUCGACGGCUCGGCUCGCCCCUCAUCAUGGACGUGGCGCUGCGCAACAUCCGGGGGAAUAUCGAGCGGCUCUUCGACAAGAACCUCACCGACCUGGUACGCGGUAUCCGCAACAACAAGGACAACGAGGCCAAGUACAUUGCGCAAUGCAUCGAGGAGAUCAAGCAAGAGCUGCGGCAGGACAACAUCGCCGUCAAGGUCAACGCCGUCCAGAAGUUGACCUACAUCCAGAUGCUGGGCUACGACAUCAGCUGGGCGAGCUUCAACAUCGUGGAGGUGAUGAGCUCGCCCAAGUUCACCUAUAAGCGCAUUGGCUACUUGGCCGCCUCGCAGUCGUUCCAUCCGGACACGGAGGUGCUGAUGCUCACCACCAACAUGAUCCGUAAGGACCUGAACAGCCAGACCCAGUACGACUCGGCCGUGGCGCUCACCAGCCUCUCGUGCUUCAUCUCCACCGACCUGGCGCGCGACCUCGCCAACGACGUCAUGACCCUGCUCUCUUCUACCAAACCGUACCUGCGGAAGAAAGCGGUGCUGCUCAUGUACAAGAUUUUCCUCAAGUUCCCCGAGGCGCUGCGUCCCGCCUUCCCUCGACUCAAGGACAAGCUGGAUGACCCGGACCCGGGCGUCCAGAGCGCGGCCGUCAAUGUCAUCUGUGAGCUGGCCAGAAAGAACCCGCAGAACUACCUGGGCCUGGCUCCCGUGUUCUUCAAGCUGAUGACGUCAUCCACCAACAACUGGAUGCUUAUCAAGAUCAUUAAGCUGUUCGGCGCGCUGACGACGCUGGAGCCGCGGCUGGGCAAGAAGCUGAUCGAGCCGCUCACCAACCUCAUCCACAGCACGUCGGCCAUGUCGCUGCUGUACGAGUGCAUCAACACCGUGAUCGCAGUGCUCAUCUCCAUCUCGUCCGGCAUGCCCAGCCACAACGCCUCGAUCCAGCUGUGCGUGCAGAAGCUGCGCAUCCUGAUCGAGGACUCGGACCAGAACCUGAAGUACCUGGGCCUGCUGGCCAUGGGCAAGAUCUUGCAGAGUCACCCCAAGUCAGUAACGGUGCACAAGGACCUGAUCAUGCAGUGCCUGGACGACAAGGACGAGUCGAUCCGACUGCGCGCGCUCGACCUCCUCUACGGCAUGGUGUCCAAGAAGAACCUGAUGGAGAUCGUGAAGAAGCUGAUGGUGCACAUGGAUCGCGCCGAGGGCACCACGUACCGCGAUGAGCUGCUCUCCAAGCUUGUCUUCAUCUGCAGUCAGAACAACUACCAGUUUGUCACCAACUUCGAGUGGUACCUGAGCGUGCUGGUGGAGCUGACCCGGAUCGAGGGCUCGCAGCACGGCCCGCUGGUGGCGGCGCAGAUGAUGGACGUCACCGUGCGCGUGCAGGCCAUCCGACACUUCGCCGUGGCCCAGAUGGCGCUGCUGCUGGAGAACGCGCACGUGCUGGCCACCGCCGCGCACCGCAACACCAUGCUGGAGGUGCUGUACGCGGCCGCCUGGAUCUGCGGAGAGUUCUCCGAGUACCUGCCCAACAUCCGCUCCACGGUCGAGUCGAUGCUGCGCACGCGCCCGGCCAGCCUGCCGCCCCACAUCCUGGCCGUGUACGUGCAGAACGUGCUGAAGCUGUACGGUCGCAUGCUGGGCCGCGCCGAACAGAGCGAGCAGCCGGAGGACGUGGACGGCGCCAUGGUGGAGGUCAACCAGGUGGCUGAGCUGAUCGUGGAGACGCUGCCGGCGUUCGCGUCGUCAGCGGACCUGGAGGUACAGGAGCGCGCCACCUCGGCGCUCCAGCUGAUGAAGACGGUGCAGAAGCUGCAGCAGCGCGGCGAACGGCUCGGCCAGGAGCUGCAGGAGCUCUUCAGCGGCGAGCUGAACCCGGUGGCGCCCAAGGCGCAGCGCAAGGUGCCGGUGCCGGAGGGCCUGCGGCUGGACGAGUGGAUCAACGAGCCGUCGGACGAGUCCGGCGACGAGCCGGACGCCGGCGUCGACUACGGUGUCGAGGUGUUCGUGCGGGCCGAGAGCCGAGCGGCCGGGCCGGCGGCCGCCGAGCGGCGCUACCAGCCCACCGCCGAGGAGCUGCAGAAGAGCCGGGAGGCGCGCGUGCACGAGCAGACGCACAACCCGCACUACCUGAAGGGCACCGUCCAGUCGUCCAGCAACAACUACAGCAGCAUGGCCGGCGAGCUGGCCGACACACCCGUCCAGCAGCUGGACUUGGACGUGCCCCUCCGGAUAGGCGGGUUCGCCAAUUCAGACGACUAUCUGAAAAUGCAGAACAGAUCCUAUAAAGCCAGUAAAAAGAACAAGAAGAAGCGAUCCAAGAAGAAGCACGGAGCACAGAAGUCGUCCUCGGAGGACGAGGCGCCGCCGGUGGUGCACGAGGUGAGCGUGGGCGGCGAGAUGCCGGAGGGGGCGCGCUCCUCCGAGGACGAGAAGGACGCCCGGCCGGCCGACGAUCCGCACCGCGCGCUCGACAUCAACCUGGACGAGCCGCUGGCUCCGGACGAGGUGCUGCCGAAGAAAAAGAAGAAGGACGACAAGAAGCGCAAGUCCAAGAAGGAGAAGCGCGCGCCGGAAGAGGAGCGGGCCGAGCCGGCACCGCCGGCCGCCGCCGCCGAGGAGAACGGCAGGAAGCCGGAGGACGACAUUGAGUUUUGGCUGAGCGACAUGCCGGCGACGGCGACGCCGGCGGCUGCCGCCAACCCGGUGGGCACCGCUGGCCCGGCCGACGGCGCGGGGCCGUCCGGCACCGCCGAGCCGGCGCCGCCGCCGAAGGAGAACGGCGAGCCCGUCUCCAACGGCGCCACCAAGCAGAAGAAGCACAAGUCGUCCAAGAAGAGUAAGAAGAGUAAGAAGGAGAAGUCUGGCCGUCUGCUCGGCUACGAGGAGGCCGUGGGCAUAUCGACUCCGAGUCACGAGGUGGUGGCGCCAGGGCUGUCCGACCUGCCCGACUCCCGUCUGCAGCCGCUGGCCGAGAACGACCGACUGAAGCUGCUGUACGAGCCGAGGGCGAGUCCGACGGACGACGACCGGGUGACCGUGGCCGUGCUGGUCACUAACAAGAGCCCCGAGCCGCUGGCCGACAUACAGCUGCAGCUGGCCGCCAGCGACGCCGCCGAGCUGCUGGAGCAGGUGGAGCCGUUCUCGCUGGAGGCGGGCGCCAGCCGGGAGCUGCUGCUGCCGCUCCGCGUGCGCGAGGUCACGGCGCCGCUCAAGCUGGCUGCCAGUGUGACGUCACACACCGAGUCGGGCGGCGACACGCUGUCGUUCAAGCUGCGGCUUCCCUGCACCGCCCUGCUGGUGGGUCAGCUGGACGACAAGCAGCUGUUCUCAGACCUACUGGCCGGCGACCGGCUGACGGCCCGCGCCACCUGCCUCGUCUCCGAGGUCACCGACGACUUCAACCAGGUGCUGCGGCGGGUGGCCUUCUGGGGCCGACACACAGUCGUCGAGCAGAUCGACACGACGGCCAGCCUCUACAGCCGCUCCAUCUGCGGCGACCACGUCUGCGUGCUCGUCAAGCAGCUGGCGGCCGGCCGGCUCGGCAUCGACGGCAAGGGCACCAACCAACAGCUGCUCUCCAACGUAGUGGACGAACUGCGCGCCAUCGUCGCCUCCUAACUGGGCCGUGUGACGUCACACACCCGAGUCCGAUGACGUCACGGGCGUCCGAGGCGGCGCCGCGGGGCGAGGACGCCGUCCGUGCCAGGCGGCGGGCGUCGCCGCACGGCACGUCGCCGGGCGUGGUGCGCGCGCGCGCGCGCCCGGGGCUGAGCGACGCCGCGACAGAUCUGCCGCGGGCCGAGUGUGCUUCGGGAGGGCCGGGUGUGACCCGCCGCCCGUUCUCCUCUCUCUAUCUCUGUGUGUGCGCGUGCGGUGGGGCGGGCGCGGCGGGCGGCCCGGGCCGCCGUCCGGCCGAGACUCACGGCGUCGCGGACCGCCGGCGGGCGGGUCACGUGGCCCGGCUCGGCGGCGGCCGCCACGCGCGCCCGCAUUCCAAUCUUGUUAUCGGCCGACUGACUGUACAUAGGGGAGCUUUUAUAUUUAGCCGUGCGCUGGCAUGGAAUGGUUGUGGGACCGCGCCGUGGGUGAGGUGCCCCCGCGGCCGCCGUGGCGCGCUGUCGUCCGGUGACGCUGUUUAUUUGUGCUGUUGCGAAGGCGUGUGCGGACCGCUAUUUUUCGGGAGGGGACGGUUAGAGCAUAGCGAAUGAUCUAUUUUGUUCCCGCCUUUGUAAAGUCUAUUGUGUACCAGGUAUAUCAUUAAUCGGAAAUAAACUAUUCUCACUAGU